AACACGUUCCUUCUUAUAUUGGUGUAAUUUGUCAUCUUAUUAUCAGUAUACAUUUACAUUAAGUAAUUCCUGGUAUUGAAAUGCAAUGCUAAACAACACCAGUGCAUUUUAAAACAAGGAAUAUCUUUCUAAAAAAUAAAACAAUGCAGGAGGAAUUUGCAUUUAAAAAAUGUAUUGAAAAAAAUUGGGGAGCUUUGAAGUCUGAAGUGAAGAUGUCCACUGUUGCUGAUUUUCUGAUAGAGAAAGGGGCACUAAAGAUGGAGGAAUGGAGAGAUUUGAAAUUAUCGGAGAUGGAAGAAGAAAGAACGGAAAAGUUCUUGUUUGCUCUUUGUGGGAAAACCAUAGAUGAUUUCCAGAUAUUCAUAGAAGCGCUUCGUAAUGGCAAAUAUGAGAAAUUGGCGUCUAAAUUGGAGGAUACACGUGGUUACAAAUCAAAGAAACAUGUAAAAGGAGAAGGAAAGACAAGAAAGCUACAGGAUUUGCUCCAUAUAGAACAAAUACAAGCUCAAGUUCCCGUAAACAAUCAGAAAAAAGAAAAAUUUAGGAAAAUUCCCGAAGAUAUACAGAAAAGGGGAAAAGCUAUCAAAGUUGAAGAACCCCAGCUGGUCACCAUUUUGCAAUUCAUGCGUGAUAAUCAAGAAAAGAUGAUGAAAGACAAUGCAGAGAUGAGAGAGGAACAAGGAAGGGUGGCAUUUGCAAUAGGUACGAUGGGUAUGCACGUGCAAAAUAUGGAACUAGAAAUGGGGAAAUUAAGGGAAGACGUUAAAAGCAAAGGACAGGAGCAUAUUCAGCUGACUGAGGAAACCGAAAGACUUAACUCUAAAAUAGAAGAACAAAGAAAACAAAUUGAGACUGCAUAUUUAGAAUUAGAGCGAGUGUUAAAGUCACAUGAACGCGACCAAAUGAAGAGCGACGAAUUAGCCCAGAAAUACAAAGAGUUACAAAAGGCAAAAGAUAAAAUAGAUAAUGCCCAUAAAGGAAUACUUGAAAAUGUAGGGUCGUUUGAAACAAAAUUUUCGGAAUUGAUGGGGAAGGAAAUUUCAUUUGAAAACACAUUGGUUCAUUUGGAAAUUUAUUUGAGAAAAGAACAGAGGAAUCAAGCCUCUCUAGUGAAGGAACUGGAAGAAAAGAAGCAAAUGUCCCAAGAUGUAGAACAACUAAAAAGGGAAAUUGAAAAAUUGAAAACGCAAGAGCAGGAGAUGAGAAGAAAUAAAGAAGGAAUGGAGAAAAAGAUGCAGGAUCUAACAAAAGAAAAAAAUGCUCUAAAAUUCCAAUAUGACAUUCUUCUUGUGAAAUAUAAUCGAGAUAAAGACGAGAUUUUUCCUUUUCCCCAGCAUUGAAAAUUGGGAAAAAAGAACUUUAUUUUUAACUACUAGUGUUCCAUAAUAACCAUUUAGAGUUUCGUUUUCGGGAAGCAAAGUUUGUGAUCAAGCGUAAAAUAGGCUUUACAACGCCUGUAAACUCUGAAAAACUGAUUCUGCAUAACAAAUUGUAAUGGGGAACACAUUCCUCUAAUCGCAGUUUUUUCCCUGCUUUACGUCGUUCAUCCGCAAAUAAGACAUUUCUUUUAUAAUUCAUGAUAAAAUACAAAGACUAAGCAAUCUUUUCAUAUAAGUAGUAUAGUAAGAUCUGUUUUAAUACGUUGUUCCAUAGAUAUAUGUGUGCGUAUAUCAGUUAUUCUCUGUUUGAAUUAGUAAAGUAGUCUAGACAAGAUACAUUUUAUGUAUGCAAAAUUCUAUACAUUUCUACAUCGACAUCUAUAUGUGUAGGUGUAUUGGGUAACAGAAUAAAAACAAGCAUCUUCUGUCAAUUAUUUUGUUCGCAUUGUCCAUUAUACAAAUGAAAAGUUUAUCAAUAUGUGAUUUCAAAAGUUAUUUACAAUGAAUCUGUAGAUAUUUAUAUAACCUCUCAUACAUGUCGGAAGUAGCAGUAAUUUGCACAAAGAAUAACUAUUGAGGUUGCUUAAGGAAGGGAGAAAAUAACGAACAGUGAUCAAUUUCAUAACCCUUUCAGCAAUACAAAAUAGAUAGUUGGGCAAACACAGACCCCUGAACACACCAGAGGUGGAAUCACGUGUCUGUGAGGAGUAAGCAUUCCCUGUCGACCGAUCACACUCCUAGGCAUCUGAUCCCGCCUCUGGUAUAUACAGGACACAAGCAAUUAUAUCGCUCGGGUUCGAAUUUACUAUUAAAGAGCAGAGGUAUAUAAUUCUAAAUAUAGAAUACCCAAGCUCGUCGAUGCAAAAACAAUAAAGCAAAUUGUAUAUAAUUCUACUAUGUAUUCUAAUGUAUUCAUACAUAUUCAAUCUACAUUACUACCAAAGUUCAUCCCGAAAUUCCGUAUACUUUAACUUAUCACAGCCAUUUUGACCGAAGCAAUUAAUUACCAAAAAAAAGAAAAGAAAGAUAUUAGUACACAUAACGAUUUAUCAAUAUCAAUCCAUCAUAGUACAUAAAGUAUGCUAAUCACAAGUCUUUAUAAAGAUAAGAAUGUCUUAUUUCUAUUUUUAUCCAAACCAUACUAACAUAGGUGUUUGACGAUUUAUAACAAUGAUGAUUAAUUUUGGUAGUUUGACUUGUCAAACUGGCUGUGAUGAGUUAAAGUGCAGACGGUUUUACAAUUUUCAGUCACCUACUCCAUGUGACUGAAAAUUGUAAAACUUCAGUUUAUAUGAAUUGGGGUACGAAAUUCAACUUAGAAAUUAUAUAUAAUGCUGCACAUUAUAUAUAAUAGCUUGUUGCAAUGCUCAAACACUCUGUUUGUAUAGUCAUAUAAUGUCAGGGCUCAGUUAAAAUUCAAAUAACGAAUUUUGCUAAGCCUGCCACAGAUUUUGUUUCAGUCCAGGUCCGUGGCCAAUAAUUAGGCUUAUUGACAUUGAAUGAUUGAUUGAUAUAUUGAUUGAUUGACACAUUGGUGGAUUGAAAUAUUGAUUGAUUGAUUGAAAAUAUUGAGUGAAUUAUUGAUUGAUAUAUUGAUUGAUUGACACAUUGGUGGAUUGAAAUAUUGAUUGAUUGAUUGAAAAUAUUGAGUGAAUUAUUGAUUGAUAUAUUGAUUGAUUGACACAUUGCUGUAUUGAAAUAUUGAUUGAUUGAAAAUAUUGAGUGAAUUAUUGAUUGAUUGACUCAAACAUGCAUGAACUACUGAUGCUACAACAUAACUAUCUAAAAGUCGUUGUAGAUCAUGCAUUUCAUUACAGAGUGUAUGUGAUAUGCAUACUGAUGGUUUGUAUUGAUAUGAACAUUGUCGUUGAAUUGGAAAUAUGUUUUUAUUUAGUAAAGCCAUGACAAAGACUGCCAAUAA